GUUUUUAACUUCACUGCUCACAAUUACGCAAUUAGAGUGAAUAUGAAACAAAAGAAGAAUGAGAUACUGCAUACAAUUCAAUGUCUCGGGACAGACUGAAAGAUAUAGAAGGGCUGGGUGCAUGGAAACUGUUCUGUACUCUCUGCACAGACUUACUGAGAAACUGGAACUACUUCACUAACUGAAUCUAGUAGCUGAAAAAUCUGAAGUGCAUGACAGAAGAACUGACAGGAAACAACAGAAAUAACAUGGAUACUUUUCAUAUAAUUCCUUUCAUGCAAACCAGAUCUGACAUAAAUUUACGACACAGAAGCAUAACAUGAAUAAAGUGUCAAGAGCGACAAAGAUGUUUAUAUAAAUUUUCCAACAUUCUGGUAAAACAAAAUGGAAAUAAUCGCUUCUGAGCAGCAGCCAAAUGUGUUUCUAAAACUGAAAAUUUGUGCUCUGGCUGAAAACAAAGGUCCAUGAAUUAUCAGAAAACAUCCUUAAUUCUCUUUUGCUGCAGAACAUUAAAAAUAGCUGAUGAGCAUCUGUGAAUUCAUUCUCCUAACUUACAAGUCUAUAAACCAGGUUAGAUUACAGGAUAAAUAAACAUGGAAUCUGUUAGGCAAGUAUUUUUUUGUUCAUACAGUGAAAAAAAAACAGAAUGGAACUGUGAUAAAAGAACAAUUUUUGUAGACAGAUAUUGGCUGUCUGAGCACCACCUGCUUAAGAAUUGGCAAGGCACAUUCACAAACCUGAGAAAUUUCAACAGAGAUGCUCGGUAGACUAUUACCAAUUCCAAACCGGGAAUAGAUGACAAAGAACAGUAGAAAACAGUCUUCUCCAAUACAAGCCUUCUUAUAAUGCAAAAGUUGCAUUUCGAAUAGAAAAGGAAAGCAAACAUCUUAUUUUAAUUUAAUCAUUUGGCACUUGGCAUAGUGUAGCAAUUACAUUAGCUUUCAUUGUUUUCCCUUCUGGAGCCUUUCUGAGUCUUUGGCUAUAAGAUCUGUACAAAGGUUUAAGAUGCAACACUCUGCAUUGUUUAUAGCACCCCACAUUUUUCUCAUUUCUCCAAAACCCUUUCAAAUUGUGCAGUAUCCAUAUCUGGUAAUGAGAUACAGAUUAGUGAACUCUGUUCUUUUAUUAUGGCACCAAAAUGUCAGAACAGUAUAUUUGCUCAUAUGUUUCUUCAUCAAACAAAUUAAUAUGAAGGAUUGCCCAGUUUUCUAGCAGAUAAUCAUGAAUGGAGGACAUCAACAGUAUUUUAAUUUAAAAGACACAAUGAAAUAUGUUUUCCCAUAAUUUAUACUUGUUAUACCAGUGUAUUGUAAAAGCAUAAAAGAACACAGUCGCAUCAUUCAGUAACAAUACAUGAAAGACUUUUAAUAAAAAUUCCAGUGAAUUAUGUUGCCAUGCUUCUGCCUUCUAUAUGCUCUGUCUGCAAUGGCAUUCACAUUUAUUCACUGUCUGAAAGUACUUGCCUUUGCCAGCUUUUUCAUAUCUUUGUUCUUGAUCUUCAGCUUAUUUUCCAGAACUGAAAACUUCCAUGAAUUCUGGUACCUCUCCACACAGUUUACAAGAGUUAACUCAAAGCAUUUCCUGAAAAAUCCCAGAAACAGGCCUCAAGAAUGGGGGUCUGGAGUGGUAGGUGGUAUAAAUUUCCCUUCACUCUUUCAAGGAGAUUACAGUUCACCUGUCUGUAAGAAAGGGCAUGCCUUACUGAUUCUGGUGACAUCAGCGCCGUGGAAUUCUAAACAAAGAAAUGCAAUAAGAAACACUUGGGCAAAGAAGAUGGGGCCACAGAAAUACAGUUGGCAAGUGAUAUUCAUGAUCGGCCAAAAAUCUGAUGGGAUUGUGUCUUCAGAUGUAUUAGAAGAAAAAGAAAUGUAUAGGGACAUCCUAGUUGGGAAUUAUGUCGACACAUACAGGAAUCUAACACUGAAGGUAAUGCAUGGACUGAAAUGGAGUUUAGUGCAUUGUAGACCUCACUAUAUUUUAAAGACAGAUGAUGACUGUUUUGUAAAUACAGAUCGCCUUCCACAGUUUUUAAUGGAGCACAAUUUAAUCAAAGAGAGACUCUAUAUUGGGUCAUUGUUCACAAAAGAAAAGCGUCACGUUAUCCGUGAGCCUUUAAGCAAGUGGUAUGUUUCAAAGGAUGACUACUCCAAGGAAUUCUAUCCUCCAUAUGCUAGUGGCAUUGGGUAUGUCCUCUCACUGGAUUCUGCUCUUGUAAUCCUGGUGGCAGCAGAGAGAGUACACCCUAUUCCUGUGGAAGAUGCAUAUGUGGGUAUCUUAGCCAAGGAGGGUGGAAUCACAGUCAAAUCCAGUGGGCGCUUCACUAAGCACAAUGUAAACUGGAGGGUUUGCAACUACAGGUACCUGAUGGUGAUACAUCACGUGAGUGCUGAAGAGCAGGAAACAGCUUGUGAGAAAAUGCUCAGAGCCAGAACUGAUUGCUUAAAUAAUGAAGAAAUAAUCAAAUGGAAAUAAAAGAGAUAUGAAAAGACUACAAGCAUUACUACAAAGUAAUAGUUUGUAUAUGCUUGCCUUCUUGUUAUCUACCAGAAUGAGUUAUGCAUAAACCUUUGCAUAUAUGCUCAGGGUAUAAGUGACGUUAAAUACAAUGUAUUUUAGUUUUUGAUAACAUACAAACAAGGAAUGCUCCAGUGUAUAUCAAAAGGUGAUAGUAUGCAACUGAGUGCUUCAAAAUCUGAUGCUCAUUAUUGGCACUUGUCUUCAAUAAAGUAAACUAUUACAUAUCUACUAGCCAUUCACUCACCACUUUACUUCUCAUUUUUUCCUACAAGGUGUUUAUUUCUCUUCCAUUCACUCAUUGCCCACCAAUAACUAUUGUCUUAAUACUGGAAUGUUCAAGCAUGUUUGCAAUCUAAUAGACAUCUUAUAG